AUGUCAUAUCCAUUAGGAAAUUAUUUUUAUAAUAACGGAGAACCCUCUACUUUAGGACAAAGUUCUUCAAGUCAAAGUCUCUUUGACGCGUCAACAGCCGACAAAAUAGACUACUCUCACCCUUCACUUGGUAAAACUCUAAUUAACGACUUUCGCGAUUUGGUGGGCACCGGUGUCUCACCUUCUGUCUUGGAAAAUUUGCUCAAAACUUCCAGCGGUAACCUAGAAUUAGCCGUAAAUAACUAUUUUGAUAACAAAAUGGACAAAGAAAACUUGGUUAAUGGAGAGGCAGAACCUCCUCGUCCUGCUUCUUUGCGUCGAAAUUUAAAUUCUAUUAAUUACUCCCCAGACUACGUUGAGCAACCUAGUAGUAAGAGGACACGAAAGCAUUCUAACGCACGUGACUGGAAACGAAAGCACCUUGGCAGCAUCUUGGUCAACGGCCAAUCAACCGUUAGGAGCGAACGUUUAAUAAAAUCUGGUGAUAAGGUUACUUUUCAAAGUCAGGUAUUUUUUCAAAAACCGAGCAGAGGAAGGAAACGGUCAAGACAAUCUUGUUGGCAAAAUACCAUGUUGAGGUUCAAUUCUGUGAAUGGAACUCAACUUGGAAUAAUCGACGAUAUGCAGCUUACUUACAUGGUUGCUAAUUUGAUGGAUGCUGGAGUUUGUGAAUUUGAGGGAGAAGUAGUAUAUAUAGGUGAUGCUGAUGGAAAUAUCGAAAUUAAUGAUGAAAUAUUGAUUGAUAUGAAGAUUUAUAUUUUGUACGCAGCGUUUUCGCGUGAGCCAACUUUCUCUCUUUCAAGAGAGAACACAAAAUUCAUUAUAACAGGUCCAAAUUCCGUGGCGGAACAUAAAGCUACCGAUCGAAAAAAUGCCAUCAUGUACAUGUUUGAACAAUGUAAAAUAAAGGCCAAGCAAUCGAGCGUGUUAACACAAGAGCAUAAACAAGCUGGUACCCUAGAUGCAGAGAGAAUUCAAGAACAUUUUCAAAAUGAAGAAUGGACAGGUUUCAGAUCAGCGUCUAUCCAUCAAUCUCUCUACAAUGAGGAGGAAGAAACGUCAUCAAAUAUCUCUGACCAACAAUUGAACGCGUUAUAUGAAAAAGCUCAAAGACUUGACUUAAACAUUCCUGAAGCUGAACCACCAGCUCAUACUUUCCUUUUUAAACUGAGACGAUAUCAAAAACAAGCUCUUCAUUGGAUGCUUUCGAAAGAAACCCUCGAUCCAAAUCAAACCAAGCCAACAUCAUUGCAUCCUUUGUGGGAAGAAUAUGAGUUUCCAGGUCAAGCUGAUGACACAGAAGAAACAAUUGCGGAUGACCAACCAAACAAGUUCUUCUAUUUUAAUCCUUAUACGGGUGAACUAUCACUUGAUUUUCAGAAGGUUGAUCAUUGUAGGGGAGGAAUUCUAGCGGACGAAAUGGGGCUAGGUAAAACGAUUGAGAUCUUAAGUCUCAUCCAUGCCGUUAAAUAUCCCACGAUAGAUCCAAAUCAAUGUGACAUAGUUGAUUUGACCGAGGAUUCUAAACCCUCAUCGUCAAAGUCAGUUCAUCGCUCUACUUCAUCAUCUACAUAUGAACGAUUUCCGGCAAUAGCGACAACACUCAUAGUCUGUCCAAUGAGUUUACUCUCACAAUGGCGUGAUGAAGUUAAAAAUGUAUCCGCUUCACAAACUUUGAGCGUUGAGUUAUAUUAUGGCAAGCAAAGAAAUUGGGAUUUGAAGUCAAUUAGAAGUCGCAAGGCAAUUUUACCGGAUGUUCUUGUCACAACUUAUGGAGUUUUGAUGUCGGAGUUCACUGAUGAAGAAAGAAAACCAGCAACAUCCCCAUUGUUUAAUGUUGAGUUUUUUAGAAUCGUACUAGAUGAAGCACACACAAUCAAGAGCAAAAUCACAAAAACAGCCAAGGCUUGCUAUGCUUUAAGAGCAGAAAGAAGAUGGGCUCUAACCGGUACGCCUAUUCAGAAUCGUCUUGAGGAUAUUUAUUCUCUUGUGCAUUUUCUUCGUCACGAACCAUGGAGCAAUUUCCAAUUUUGGAAAAAAUAUAUUCAAACGCCAUUCGACAAAAAGGAUAUCCGCGCUUUGGGAGUGGUUCAAGGUGUUCUGGAACCAUUAGUUUUACGACGAACAAAGAACAUGAGAGACUCAAAUGGCCAACCAAUUAUUGAUUUACCUUGUAAAGAUGUUGAAAUAGAAUUCCUUGAAUUCUCUCCGGAAGAGCAAGAUAUUUAUGAUUCUAUUUACACGCACUCCAAGACCAAAUUUAAUUAUUAUUGUCAAGCUGGAAGCGUUUUAAGCCAUUACGCACACAUUUUUCAAUUAUUAGUCAGAUUACGUCAAGUAUGCGAUCAUCCGAUCCUUGCAAUUUCUAAAUCAAAAAACACAGUUGACGAUUUUGUUGAAGACGGUGUGAAUUUUUCAGCAUUUGAUGCAGAAGGAAAUCUUAAUAUAGAUCGUCUGAUCGAAAGAUUUAUGACAAACUACGGUGAACAAGAUCAUUCUACAAAUUAUCAGCUGGAAAUGUUGGAAAAAUUGAAAUAUGGAGAUGAUUUUUCCAAUAAGGAAUGCCCAAUUUGUUACGAGAAUCUAGUAAAUGGUGUUUUGUUGCCAUGCAUGCACUCUGCAUGCCGUCAAUGCAUUAUGAACUAUUUCCAGAGUCAAGUAACUUCGGGGAAAUCAGGACAAUGUCCCGUCUGUCGUCGUGGACCAAUUACUGAAAAUGAUUUAUUAGAUAUCGUUAGAAAAAAUGAUAAUGUGUGUGAUAAUAAAAAUAUUGCCUCAUCAUCUUCACCUGGUGCAGCCAUGGAAUUCGAUGAUGCAAGCUUAAAACUCUCAGCCAAACUGGGAGCUCUAUUACGCCAUCUAAAUCAAUUACGGCAGGGAAAUAAAAUGACGGAAAAAUGUGUUGUUUUCUCUCAAUUUACAUCAAUGUUGGAUUUGGUUGGCGAUGUUCUUUCAAAAGAAAAUUUCACAUUUGUUAGAUUGGACGGCACUCAACAACAAUCCGAAAGGGAAUUUGUUCUUAAAGAGUUUAAAAAGACUGGGAUUGAUAUAAUGUUAAUAUCUUUGCGUGCCGGUGGCGUAGGAUUGAAUCUUACUGCUGCAAGCAGAGCAUACCUAAUGGACCCUUGGUGGAACUCGAGUAUUGAGGAUCAGGCGAUUGAUCGUGUUCAUCGUAUUGGUCAAAAAACUGAAGUUAGAGUUAUCCGAUUCAUUAUCAAGAAUUCUAUUGAAGAAAAGAUGCUUUCGAUUCAGAAGCGUAAGAAUGCAAUUGCUUGUGGUUUAGGCAUGUCCAAAGAUGAAAUGAAGGCUCAACGGCUUGAAGAUUUGCGAGAAUUAUUCUCUUAA